AUGCAGGCCGACCUCGCGCGCCUCCAGGCGCGCCUGGAGCUUGUGGAGCAGCUCGGUGCCGUGAGGGUUCCGGAGGCGAACCCUCAGCUGCUUGAGGUUUGCGCAACCUUUGAAACCAGCAAAGUGGCCCAGCCAUCCCAGCCUCAGGGUGAUGAGCCUGUGGCAGGCGCGCCGAUAGAGGAGACCACCGAGGUGUAUUUUGAGGAAAGCGUCUGGAGCUUUCCCCUCCUGAUCGGGCUUGUCGAUGUCGGAUGCUUCGACCGGUUCUUUACCGCAACGCUUCUCCUGCUCAACAUUUGUAUGCAGAUUGCCUUCACCUGCGUGCUGCUCUCGGACGGCUUCAUGGGCGAGGCCUUUGACACCGAGAUCGACAACGCCAGGGUCUGGCGCACCAGCGUGGCGCACGACGCCAAGUAUCUGGACUUGAAGGACAGGAGCCUUGUCUCCCGGGUAUGCCAGGGAGACGGAGCCCUGAUCCUGUCCACCACCCAGUCCACUCUGAUCUAUCACAUCAACAGCUUCCUGGGCCUGCAGAAGCCGCAGCUCGAGAUCUCCCUCUUCCAGCCGGGCGUCCUCCUCUGCCUCCUCUGCAUCAUGCUCUGGAGCCUCUGCGUCUUCAAGGAGUUUCGCAAGAUCUGGCUCCAGCUCGAGGCGACGCUGCAAAUCCCGAAGGCGCGCUCCUCGCAGUUCUGCGACUAUGCCUUCCGGAGCCUUUCUUGGUACCGGUUCAGCCUGCUUCUCAUGAUCUACUUCGUCCGUGUAGCCAUCGCUUCCGUGUUGCUUGUUGCUGGCAUUCUUUGGCUGGCCCGAACGAUCAGCAUCGAGGAGCUCAUGCUAAAUGCUGUGGCCCUCAAUGCCGUUUUGGACGUCGAUGAGUUCCUCUUCGCUGGUAUGACGCCUGUCAAGAUCCACCAUGCCAUGCAGCACUUGAAGCCUACACAAGUCAGACACAGCCGCCGCAGAAGUCAGUGCGAGUCGCUGCUGCACUUCGUGAUGCUGGGCGUGCUGAUCAUCUCCACGUACUUGUUUUUGCUGGUUCCCCUUGGUGAUACGAUGCUCGCCGUGAAGAACGAGCUGUGCGGAGGCAAUCAGACGUUCGUGGUUCGGUACAACGAAGGUACACAGCUUUCAUAUGGGCUCACGACCACACCCUCCCGAGACGACAGCAAUCUUACUGUCAGCGAGCUUGCCGUGCAAGCUCAUACGGCGACCUCUCCCGAGACAACCCCUGACCAUUCGGGGCCCAAGUACAUCUUCUUCUCCGGCAGCAAGAACGUCUUUGAGGUCGACAGCACCCGCACCAUGAAAGUCGAGGCCUCCGGGGGCGCCUUCUGCUUCGAGACCGAGACGUUUCACCCAAACGGCCUCUUCAAUGCGGACCCGGAGGUCCAGGUGAUCGCGGCCCGGUAUUUGAACAACGCUGCGGCCAGCCUGCAGAUCACUUCUUCCAGAUGCGAGGAGAUGAGGGACCUCUGCGAGUCUCCCAAUGGUCGCCUGCUGCGCUACAUCUGCGGCGAGACCUGCGGAUGCUCAGACCCGUUCGCGUCUCCGUGGUUCAAGGUGGAGGCACAGGGCUGCGCAUCGGCCUGCCUCAGCUUUGGCCAGCCGAAGCUCCAAAACCGCAGUUGCCAAGACGUGCCGCCUUCGGAUGCCAGCUGGCGCAGGUUCUGGAUGCAGUACACCCCCGCGAUUAAUCAUUUCGUGGGCCUGGACAUCACGUCCUUCCAGACCUAUGUCUUCGCCAACCAGACCAUCCAAGCGAUGCUGUCGCAUGGCUGUUCUGCCCUGGUGGAUGCUCCCAGGGAUUUCUUCGUCGGCGCGCUCUAUUGCGACGGGGACGCCGACUUGUUUCGGCCGCUGACCUCGCUCUGUCCACAGAGUUGUGGCUGCGUGGCGGCGUCGCCUCUGAAAACCGGAUGCCCCGCCAGCUGCGCAGCCAACGACUGCCUUCCCAACGAGUACUGCCUUCCCAACGAGUACGAAGGUCUGUUGCUGGAUCGCGGGGGCUUGAAACCCAUGGCGGGCUUGAAAUGGGAGGUUCUCGAAAUUACGUCCCCGGCUUGUGCGCGCUCCCUGGAGCUUGAGCUGGAGGACCGCUUGGCCAUCUUCCGCCAGGAGAUGCAGGCCGACCUCGCGCGCCUCCAGGCGCGCCUGGAGCUUGUGGAGCAGCUCGGUGCCGUGAGGGUUCCGGAGGCGAACCCUCAGCUGCUUGAGGUUUGCGCAACCUUUGAAACCAGCAAAGUGGCCCAGCCAUCCCAGCCUCAGGGUGAUGAGCCCGUGGCAGGCGCGCCGAUAGAGGAGACCACCGAGGUGUAUUUCGAGGAAAGCGUCUGGAGCUUUCCCCUCCUGAUCGGGCUUGUCGAUGUCGGAUGCUUCGACCGGUUCUUUACCGCAACGCUUCUCCUGCUCAACAUUUGUAUGCAGAUUGCCUUCACCUGCGUGCUGCUCUCGGACGGCUUCAUGGGCGAGGCCUUUGACACCGAGAUCGACAACGCCAGGGUCUGGCGCACCAGCGUGGCGCACGACGCCAAGUAUCUGGACUUGAAGGACACGAGCCUGGUCUCCCGGGUAUGCCAGGGAGACGGAGCCCUGAUCCUGUCCACGCCCCAGUCGAAUCUGAUCUAUCACAUCAACAGCUUCCUGGGCUUGCAGAAGCCGCAGCUCGAGGUCCCCCUCUUCCAGCCCGGGGUCCUCCUCUGCCUCCUCUGCAUCGUGCUCUGGAGCCUCUGCGUCUUCAAGGAGUUUCGCAAGAUCUGGUUCCAGCUGGAAGCGACACUGCAAAUCCCGAAGGCGCGCUGCUCGCAGUUCUGCGACUAUGCCUUCCGGAGCCUUUCUUGGUACCGGUUCAGCUUGCUUCUCAUGAUCUACUUCGUCCGUGUAGCCAUCGCUUCUGUGUUGCUGGUGGCUGGCAUUCUUUGGCUGGCUCGAACGAUCAGUAUCGAGGAGCUCAUGCUAAACGCUGUGGCCCUCAAUGCCGUUUUGGACGUUGAUGAAUUCCUCUUCGCUGGUAUGACGCCGGUCAAGAUCCACCAUGCCAUGCAGCACUUGAAGCCGACACAAGUCAGACACAGCCGCCGCAGAAGUCAGUGCGAGUCGCUGCUGCACUUCGUGAUGCUGGGCGUGCUGAUCAUCUCCACGUACUUGUUUUUGCUGGUUCCCCUUGGUGAUACGAUGCUCGCCGUGAAGAACGAGCUGUGCGGCGGCAAUCAGACGUUCGUGGUUCGGUACAACGAGGCCAUGCAGAGUGCGAUUGGGCUAACGACCACUUUCUCCCAAGACGACAGGAAUCUUACUGCAAGUGAGCUUGCCGUGCAAGCUCACAAGGCGACCUCUCCCGAAACAACCCCUGACCAUUCGGGACCCAAGUACAUCUUCUUCUCCGGCAGCAGGAACGUCUUUGAGGUCGACAGCACCCGCACCAUGAAAGUCGAGGCCGCUGGUUCCGCCUUCUGUUUCGAGACCGAGACGUUUCGCCCGAAUGGCCUGUUCAGCAUGGAUCUGGAGGCCCAGGUGAUCGCGGCCCGGUAUUUGAACAAUGCUGCGGCCAGCCUGCAGAUCACCUCCUCCAGCUGCGAGGAGAUGAGGGACCACUGCGAGUCUCCCAAUGGUCGCCUGCUGCGCUACGUCUGCGGCGAGACCUGCGGAUGCUCAGAUCCGUUCGCGUCUCCGUGGUUCAAGGUGGAAGCACAGGGCUGCCCAGCGGCCUGCCUCAGCUUUGGCCAGCCGAAGCUCCAAAACCGCAGUUGCCAAGACGUGCCGCCUUGGGAUGCCAGCUGGCGCAGGUUCUGGACGCAGUACACCACGGCGAUUUCGCACUACGUGGGCCUGGACAUCACGUCCUUCCAGACCUAUGCCUCCGCCAACCAGACCAUCCAAGCGAUGCUGUCGCAAGGCUGUUCUGCUUUGGUGGAUGCUCCCAGGGAUUUCUUCCUCCGCGCGCUCUAUUGCGACGGGGACGCCGACUUGUUUCGGCCGCUGACCUCGCUCUGUCCACAGAGUUGUGGCUGCGUGGAGGCUUCGCCUCUGAAAGCCGGAUGCCCUGCCAGCUGCGCAGCCAACGCUUCCGCGUGA